CUACAUUAGCUUAUCCCUUACUUCGUCGCCAACCUUUUGGAUGAAACCAAGUAUUGAGUGUACAAUGAACUGACUUAAGGUUAUGAUUAGCUUCAAAAUAGGUUUAAUCAUGAGUGCACAUACAAUGCGUGCGUAUUUUCAAUGUGGGAAAAUUCGUUUGUAAUCUUUGUAUUGUGUGUCAUAAAAACCGAGGUGAUCACAUUAAUUGUUUACAACAGACAAGGAAGUUUUUCAUCUGUUGAAAAUAUUGUUUGAGAAUUACAAGCAAUCAAGGAGAGUAAAUGUAAUAAGAUGAAAGGUAUGUGUAUAUUCUUUAGACAUCAUUAAAGAAAAUUUACAAAAUAACUGUAAACUUGAAACGGAAGUACGAUACCAUUUGUUCAGCCGCAACAAAAUGGCAACUAGAGGGAGUAUAAACGAAGACAUUCUAACUGAUAAAACUUUUGAUCUACUAUGUAGAGUUUGUAAACGUAAAGGAAAAUAUCAAGAAGCAGAAAAAUACUGUGUAGAAUGCCAAGAUUAUUAUUGUUUAAGUUGUGUAAAAGUUCACGAGGACAUUCCAUCUCUUACCGGGCACAAGAUUAUUGGCGGAGGUCAGUUUCAAUCAGGAUCUGUCCAGAUGUCUGGAUCCAGUAAGAUUCUAUCACAGGCACCAGCCGAGAGAUGUGACAGACACACAUAUCACUAUAUAGAUAUGUACUGCCAAAACCAUGACGUGGUUGGAUGUGGCACGUGUAUGGCUGUAGCUCAUAGGCUAUGCAAGGACGUUUUCUACAUACCAGAGUUUCUCCAGACCAACACAAGCAUUACGUCUACAAGUGAACUUAAGCAGACACUAGAAUCCGUUUCAAAGAUCCUAACAGAGUGCUGCGAAAACUUCAGUCGAGAAAAACAAAAGCUGUUGAAAAGGAAAAUAACAAUUAUUGAAAAUGUCAAACAAUGCAGAAAAGAAAUCAAUGAAAGACUAGAUGAAUUAGAGAAAAACACUACAGCCGAUAUAGAAGAUGAGUACAAUUCCCUAAUAGAUGAGAUAGACAAAGAAAUGAAAUUACUUAAAACAAACAGGGUCAGUGUGAAUGCAUUUCAAGAUAAGCUAGCAUCUUCUGGCAACACUCAAUCACAAAUCUUUGUUUAUAUGAAAAAAGGGGAACAUGCUGCUAAAAUUGUUGAAGAAAACAAACCCCAAAUUCAUGCAGCAGACGAUGAUUUUGAAGUUGAUCAGAGAAUUUCUACUGUAUUAAAAGAAAUAAAUGUCUUAGGCAAGGUCACUCAGAGGAAGAGUGGGAAUGCUGAAGAUACAGGUACAGGAGAUGACCAACAGGACGAAGCUUUGCCUCAGGUAAAAAGCAGCAAGAAAUAUUGUGUUCAAGUUCAAUCAGAUGAAGAAGAAUGUUAUAUUGUCAGUGCCUGUACUCUGGAUGAUGGAACGAUACUACUGUCUGAUCGCAGCAACUUCAAGCUGAAGCGUUUUGACAGUUCCACAUAUACAGUCAUAGACUACUGUGAUCUGCCUGGAGAACAAUGGCAAGUUUGUUCCAUCAAUAAACACCAAGCUGCUGUAUGUUUGCCAGGCCAGCAAGAAGUUCACUUCAUUUCACUAUCAAACAGAAUGACAUUAACAAACAAGAUAACAACUGACUUUGACUGUUAUGGUUUAGCAUAUGCUGAUGGCAAUCUGUACAUUUCAGGCGAAACAUCAAUUUAUAUAUACAGUGUAUCAGGAAGAAAGCUUAAGAAGCUCAGUAUGAACCAAUCAGGACAAGAACUGUUCUCUUUCAUCAGGAGUCUAGCUGUCAGUGAGGAUGGUUCAAAAGUUUAUGUUACUGACUGUUACAAUGGACUGGUUAUACUGAACAAUCAUGAAAACAUUGUUGAGAAAUUUGAUGGCGACCAGUUAGAUGGUGCCUUUGACAGUUACCUUACAGGAAGAGGAAGUCUUCUUGUGUGUGGUAGUGGUUCUAACAAUGUGCUGCAGUUUGGACGUGAUGGUAAAUUGAUAGGUGAGAUUGCCAAAUCUGAUGAUGAAGAUACCGAUUAUCAGGCCAUUUGUUGCAAUCAGCAAAUGUCAAAGAUGAUUAUAGGCAGGGACGAUGAUGAAAUUGAAGUUUAUAACAUAAUGUAGUAACUAUGAGACAUCAUUCUGAAGAAGUGAAUGACGACAUUAUAAAGACUUUACUGACAUAAGCCAAUUAUGAGUACAAAUACAGGGACCUGACACUGUUGAAUACUAGUUAUAAAGAUAAAAAUGUAUUUCAUAUUGGGAUUGCCAUGUACAUGUAUUGCAUGUGCAUUAACAUGUAUACCGUUAUAUCAGUUCACUGUACAAAAAUGAAAAUAAACUUGUAUUUUUGUUAUUUUAAAUUUUACGUUUUGCAGAACAGAACCUUAACAGUUAACAAAAAAUGUAUGUAUUUGGCAAAACCAAUGAGCUAAAUACAUAGUCAAAUGAAAAGAGAUAACUUUAUAAUUCAAGUUGUAGAGAUAAAAUAAAAUGGAUUUUUGAUUUUUGGUUUGAGAUUUAUUUCCGUUGAUUAAAGCAACCAUGAAAUUUAGUCUGCCACCAAUAUUGAUGGUCUUACAAUUACUUUCAUUCUUGGGGCGGGCCGUUUGUUCUCCAUGAUGAUUUGGUAAAAAACAUUAUUCUGAAAUCAUUCGUCCUCCACCUCUGAAUCAUGCCGGGAAGUUGGCAUUACUUGCGGAAAACAUGUUUGUACUUGUGAAGAAUCCAGGAACACUGAUUAGGCUAACUGCCCGCCAUUACAUAAG